UUCAGUUAGAAUUUCGAUUUUCCAUGUCAUAAUUUCCUUUUUUUAUCACAAUUGUCUUUAAAUCACAUUUCGAUUAAGUAUGUCAUAAUUUCGAGUUUUGUUAUAAUUAAGACUUAAAGUCAUCAUUUAGAGACUCAUAAUUAUAUUUUAAGUCAUAAUUUCGACUUUGUCAUAAUUAUGAUUUACAAAAGCAUGAUUUUUUCUUAUGUGACGGAAAUGGGCUUCCAUACACUGCCACUAAUUUAAAAAAGAAAAAGGAAAAAACCGAGAAGAACCAAUCAUCAAGUUCAGCCUUACGUCUUCCGUCAACUCAUCGCGCGUUCUGCGCAUGCGCUGUGGAGACGGAGCGCUGUCCAGCGUGCUGAAGCGUGAGUGUCGAUCAUCCCAUUCCGUUCCUAAAGAAUUUAAAGCCGUCGUGUAUGAAUCGUGCUUAUACAGUAAUGCGAAAGUCACUGAGUUUAAGAGGUCAUUUGUGUGUGUGUGUGUCUGAUGUUUCAGCUCUGAUCAUUGGACAACAGAAGAACGUGAUCGGCUCAGGUACUUCAGCACUGUUUACAUUCCAGAGUCACGGUAAAAUAAUCAUCAUGGAGAUAUGACUGUAGAUCAUAAUGCUAACAAACGAGCUUGUAAGCGCUACACUUGUCUAUGAUGCUUGAUGUCAGAUUGGUGCUGAAUCUGAUGGACGGGCAUCACGUGACCCUGGUGUCCGCGUCACACGGUCAGCAGGUGCUCGCUGUCCUUCAGGCCUUCCGCGAGAGGCGCGCGCUGUUCGACUUCAGCAUCCGCGUGCAGGGCGAGACGCUGCCGUGCCACCGCUGUGUUCUCGCCGCCUGCAGCGACUUCUUCAGGGCCAUGUUUGAGCUGGACAUGCGGGAGCGAGACGACGGCACUGUGACCCUCAGUAACCUCUCGGCUCCGGCCGUCCGCACCUUCCUAGACUUUGCGUAUUCUGGUGAAAUAGAAAUCAGAGAAGACAACGUGGACAUGCUGUUUCACCUGGCUUCUUUCCUGCAGGUCAGCUUCCUGUCACGUGCUUGCAGCGACUUCCUGGUCCAAACCCUCGAGCUCUCCAACUGCCUGCACCUGUUGGCGGUUGCGGAGGGAUACGGUUCCUCGCACCUGCUGCGUCGCGCCAUCGAGUUCGUAACGCAGAACUUCCACAAGCUUUCCUCCACACUGGAUUUCCUGGAGAUGCCAGCGCGGGUUCUGGAGCGCUGCCUAGCGUCUGACGCGCUCAAUGUGCCGGAUGAAGAGAGUGUCCUGCGCGCGCUCCUCCGCUGGACGCAGCACGACCUGCAGACGCGCGAGAGCCUGCUGCCGGAGCUCCUGCCUCAGGUCCGUCUGCACCAUCUGCCUCCGGCUGCGCUGGAGGAGGCCGGACGCUCCGAGGACACUCUGACCACCGACGGACGCUGCAUUAGUAUUGUUAGCGAAGCACUCGCGCGUGUUCGAAAAUCCAGCGGGUUGUUUUCCGACGCUCGGCCUUCGACCACUUCCAGCUACAUUUUCGUGUGCAAAACGGAGGAAAAUGCAGAGAUUCGUUACGCAUUCUGCUAUGACAUCGGCGCUAACCGCUGGACGGAGUUGCCGCAGGACGCGGCGCAGAUUUUAGACCUACCCGGAUCAGCUAUUAUCGGCUUCGCCGAGAAGCUCUUCAUUAUCGGUGGAUGCCGCGGGAACUGUCGUCGCGCCGUUCGCCUGCACAUCGCCAUGCCUGAGCACGACGCCACGGACGAAGUCUGGUGCUACUGUCCCGUCACACGCAACUUCACGCCAGCUCCGCACAUGCGCCACCCGCGGACCAUGCACGCCUGCGUCGCCGCUCUGCACCGCAUCUACGCCAUCGGUGGAAAAUCCAUCCUGGACGUGGAGUACUUUGAUCCUCUGAGCAACAUUUGGAAAUCCGUCAGCCCGCUUCCCAAGAGGAUCUACUUUCCCGAAGCGAGUGCGUGCGGAAGCGUCAUCUACGCUCUCGGAUCUGAGGUGGAAAUCUCUGAAGCCUUCAAUCCGUCGCUGGACUGCUUCUUCCGCUAUGAUGCAGUGGCGGAUCAGUGGUGUCAACUAGUGGCAGAGUUUGGCCAGUUCUUCCACGCCACGCUCGUCAAGUCUGUGUCCGUCAAUGACACGCUGUACCUCUGCGAUCUCUCCACGUAUAAAGUCUACAGCUUCUGCCCGGACACCUGCGUGUGGAAAGGCGAAGGCUCGUUCGAGUGCGCGGGCUUCAACGCGGGUGCUAUCGGCGUGCGGGAGAAGAUCUAUAUCCUGGGCGGCGAUUAUUCGCCCGACGAGAUCACGGAUGAGGUGCAGGUGUACGACAGUGGACGCUCUGAGUGGCAGGAGGUCGCGCCGAUGCCACGCGCUUUGACCGAGUUUCACUGCCAGGCGCUGAGCUUCAAUCACUACAGAGAUCCCUGGAGGACGGAUCAUGCUGAAACCAUCAGAGACUAGGGUUUGGACAAUUCUAUCGAUGUGAUUCAUGGAUCAUUUCUGAUAUCUUCCAAAUGCAAGCUUAGUUUUUAACAGCAGAUGGCGCUCUAGGCUAGUUUUUAACCGCAUGCUCAAAUGCUCAUGAAGAAGAGCGCUCGUGCAUUUGGCUGAGUCUGAGAAUGUACUAACACCUCAGAAUGCUUUUAUGGUGCAAGAUUAAUAUAAACAGCCCACUGCAAUAACCCCUGUAAUUCACUUCAACCUUUUCAAAUUGGAAGGAAGCAGAGCAUGGCUGUUUCUAAAGCACACAGUGCCAUCUGCUGUUGAAAACUAAGCUCAGAAUCGAUUCGAGAGAGAAUCACGAUACGUUUGCAAAAUAUCAGAAUCAAUCCAGAAUCAUUUCUCGAUUCGCGAAGCAUCGAUGUAUUGUCCCAGUGCUAUUUGAGACUGAACACACACACAAACACACAACUGCAUUGCCAAAGAGUUGUUUAUUAAAACAAAUAAAACUAUAUCUUAAAUCAA